UGGAACAAGUUAUCAGCGAGUUCUGUGUCAGUCGAAGAGUGGUACCAGGUAUACGUGCUUUUCUGUUUCCAUUUUUGAGAUUACCAACACGUGUUUGUCGAACCUUAACUUUCGAGUCUGUAAUGUGCUUUUGAGUCUAAAACCACUGAGGUCGCAAGGUGGUCUCGAUAUCAACGGAGAGAGGUAUCUGCUGGCAUCAUGUAGAAUAGCCAUCGUCAAUGCUUAGGCCCACGGUCUGUACUGUUGUUCUUCAUGGUUGGGGCUGACUGAGCGCGGAAUAUGAAAACUCAGCUGUUCUUUGAAUGACGACAACUGACUGAGAAUGAGGCUAACGGCUACUGUUAGUAUUUCCUACAAGAUCCUGUGGGUAGCGAUGAUGGUCUUCGGUACGGGCGCUGUGUCUAUCUACUGCUUAUGGAUGAUGGUAAACGGGGCAACUCGAUACACGGAACAGCAGUAUGGAGCAAAGACUGGACAUCGUCAGAGAGGUCUCAGCGUGCUCAAAGAUAUUACAAGAGACGUGUCUCUGAGACAGAAGAGCAAACUGAAAAUCGUGGAUCCCCCGGUAGAUGGCGAGUUUAAGGCGCAGCCGAAAGAGGAGAGAGUGGAAUUCGAUGCCAUCCGGCGAGUUUAUCCGGAGGAAUACGCCUUGCGGGAUGUCAGUAAACUUACGAGCUCUACCAAAAGUUCGUACAGAAUUAAAGGUGAUAGACAGAACGUCCAGUUGGGAGAUACACUGCACGUGGUAAUCCAGGCACGAGACAGUCGCAGCAAAGACCGGGAAGAAGGGGGCGAUUUCUGGUUUGCCACCCUAGCCACCAAGCAGAACAGCUCUGGUACAGCCGGCCGAAUCAUCGACCACGACAACGGUACCUACAGCGCGUACUUCACGGUGGGCUGGCCGGGCUCUGUGGCUCUUGAAGUCAGGCUGGUGCACCCUAGUCACGUGGCUGCAGUGAUGACCAGUGUAAUCUGGAACGAACGGGAUCGGGUGGAGUGGACAGGUCGAUUUCAAAUGGCGCCAAAUUCGACCAUAAAGUCAGACAGGCGAUGCCUAUUGAGGCGCCAGUACGUGCCUCUGAUUAGCGAAUGUGUCAUGACGUACCCAAAGGCUAUGGGACAGACAGUGUUGGUGUGUGAUGCCCCAGAGAAGGGGAUCCCUUGCAGCGGGUUGAACGCCCUCUAUCCUAACCUUACUGCCGUCAAUGACAGAAUCAAAAGCUUCACCCGGAACUACUACCAAGUUUUCUCUGGGGACUAUUUUAAAAGGAGACUUACUCGUGGCCCGAGCAAACUUUUAAUCAAAGCGUCUGAACACCGACGGAAGAAGCUGAUGAGAGAUCAGGAAAGUCUUCCUGCCUGCCAGCCCGAUCAGUCUUCCCCUAGCCACGGCUUGGGUUACUGGGAGAAGAACAUCUGGCACUCCCAUCUUUGCAGGACGAAAGAGAGCUGGAACAACCCUUCAGAAAUCGGCGAGUGCUUCAGGUCGAAGGAGGUGUUCUUUCUUGGAGACUCUGUAAUGCGGAGAUGGAUGGAGAUUUUGUCAGGAAUGAUGGGUUUCCCCUUUCUGGGUAGGGCCUCUGAGGAUGAGGAUGUUCACAUCAAGCUGCCCUCGCUUAAUUCUUCGCUGACUUUCCUCUUACAAUCUUUGACCUUUAGCUCAAAAGGUACACCGCACCUAAAACCUAUAUUUGAGGCAGAUAUCUUAGACUUUAUGAGGAACAAGGGGUGUAACUACGUCGUGGCAAUGGGCUCAUGGGCACAUUUCUCCCGGUGGACCCGAGAGAGCUUCGUGGAACGCGUAGGGUUGCUCAGGGAAGCCGUUGUGAGAUUGAAGACCAACUGCCCGGCCGCCAAGGUCGUGGUAGCCGGUCCGCAUCCACUCAGCCAGCCCAACAAGGAAUCCCGGAUUCAUGUCAAUGACCUCAUUAUCCACAACAUGGGGGAGAUCCUUGAAGAUGCCUUCAGCCAAUCAGGAGCCUUGUACUUGGAUCGGUGGGACUUGAAUGUUGGCUAUCCAUCCAGCAAGAAGCUUCACAUGCCCACUGAGGUGAUACAAGGUGAACUCAGCAUAUUUUUAUCCUACGUCUGUGGUGAAGGCGAUACAGGAUAGAGACAGCAAUAAGCAAUCAGUACUGAAGGGCCUUCUGAAAUAAUGUAACACAUUAUUUGAGAAAUGUAAAGGUCAAAAACAAGAAUUAUUUUCCCAAGUGUUCCUUGUCAUUUGUAAUAAAAUGCUUCAGUGUGUGUAUUAAUAAAUAACUUUGGGUGGCUGCCCUGUCUUGUUAGAAGCUUUACGAUCGUAAUUAAGUGCCAUAAAUCAAGGCAAUGGGAGAGGAUUUUAGGAUUCUUAAGACGAAACUCCAACGCUCAUUCAGGAUAAGGUUUGACGCACGAGCGAGAUAGGUUUCAACGAGAGCACAUUUCGAAUAAUGGGGAGGUCAGUCCCUUUUAUUUAUACCCAGCAAAAACUAUGGUGUUACAUUUUACACCGCCAGUGUUAUCGGAGGACCAGUCCAACACAUCUCAUCAGUGUCAAAACUUUGGUGUUAUUUCAACACUCUUGGUGUUACCUUUAACGCUCUCCAGUGCAUUUAUCCCUGGGGGCUUUAAGUCUAGCCUGGCAUCAAGGCAAUGCCUCGACAAAUUGCUGCUGCUUCAUAUAAGCCUACCGGCCAAUUCAAAAGUACUGACACGUUGACAUUCAGCACUAACAGCAAGAUGACUUAAAGUAGUCACUGCAAACAUGGAUUGAAACAGUUUAAAGAGGGGCAUUACUGAUGUCAAGUGCGUUAAAAUAUUUUACAGAAUUUACGGCAUAGCCGAGAGCCUGUUUAGGGUGACACAGUACCAAACAAAAUAAUAAUAAUUACACUGACACACGUGACAAUUCUUGAUAUCCAUCGAAUUAUUAAAUCAGGCUUGUGUAAAUGUUAUAUUUGGAUCAUAUAAGUCAUGAUUCAUGUCACGUUGUACUCUACUGUUUGUUAAAUCUAUAGAGGCGGAUAAUGCUCGCCCGUUUAUGUUGAUAGCCUCGGGGUUCACUGUGGAAUUUUAUUAUCGACGGGGAUAUGAGUCUGGGUUCUGAACUUCUAGCUUUAAUCCCUUGGUACUGUUCUCGUGUUUUUGGCUCAUUUUAAAAUAACAUGCAGUGCCUCAAGUUGGAUUAUAGCGGUUUAUGGUUUUCCAAGUUGAACAGAUGAAUUUAAUGAAGUUGUUCCUUGACUGUUGUCAAAACCGUAGCCAAACAAAGGUUUAUAUCUAGAAAUGCAGAGACAAGGACAGCAGAGACAAGGGCCUUCAGAAUUUGAUUGCAGAUAUCAAUUCUGACGGCAGCUAUUGGCAGUUAGUUUAUGUUUCAUUUUAAAUAAGUGAGCUCAUGACAUGGAAAUAUUAUACAACCAAAAGAAUUGUCUUAGACGAAAAGAAAGAAAUAUGAUCUUUAAUAUAUUACUCGGUGCCUGCGCUAAUCAUAGAAUUUAAGAAAUACGAUUUUAAUGAGUUUUCCGUCUGGCCAUUUUUCUAAAGUGCAUUCCCGCGAGUACUUUAUCUUGCAGCCGGAUAAUCCUUGAGACGAUUUAUAUGUACAUAGGCUUAUUAUGAUUCAUUUGUCAUCUAACGUCCAUUUCAGAACUUGCUCACGUGAUUUCUUCUAACAACCAUGUAGAACCGCUGAACUGAGUUGAGAGCAUAGGCGUCAUUUAUUUUGUGUGACGCCAAAGCGCUGAUAGAUAAGCUUUCUGAGUAUGGUUUACUGAUGUUUAUCUUAUCGUCAAUUUAAGGCAGGUCUGUUGUUGAAAUAAAGCAGUUAAUGAGGUA